AUGUUCUGUACACUGGAACCAUCGGACAAAACCGUUUGUCAGGGAAACAGUGGAGCUGGAGUUACUGCAUCACAUAAUGGAAGGCACUAUUUGAUUGGAGUUGUCUCUCGUGGAACACCUUGCACUGAUUUGGUCACGGGACUGAGCUCAGGAGUACAGGCACACACUGAUAUUGCCUUCUACACCGCUGAUAUUGACAAUAUGCUGAAGGUUCCAGUUAAGGACCGUCAAGAAGAAUGGCAAAAGAUAAACCUCAAAAUUACGCCUGGACCAAAAAAAGCCUAA